UUAAAUGAGCACUCGCGCUGAAAAUGUCAACAUUGCAAAAUAAACAGUAAACAUUUGCUGAAGUCACGAGAGUCUCGUUAUUUGUUUUUACAACUAAGCACAGUGGUUAGUAAAGUCUUUUUAUGUCAAAUAAUGUGUUGAAAACAACUACCAUUGAAUUCUAAAAGGAAUUGUUAGCCGGAUUUUGAAACGUUAUAUGUUCCAAGUGAUUUAGGUUUAUACAAUAAAAUGGGAAAUAGUCUAUUUAGCAGCUCAGUUAAAAAAGAAGUAUCAUCACUUCCAGUAAGAUUAGAACAAGAACUUAAAGAAGGUACUGAAGAUACCCAUGAAGGAUCUACACUUGUGUCUAAAAAUGAAUUGGCUUAUGAUGAAUUCAUUUCAAAAUGUUGUGGUGAAAUAAGCUAUAAUAUUGGAAGUGAUUGGUUGCGAUGGGGAAGACACCUUGGUCUAAGUGAUUCAGAUCUUGAUAAUAUUGGCUCUGAUAACAAAAAUUGUUAUGAGAAAGCUGAUAAUGUUUUAAAAAAAUGGAAGCAAAAAAAUGGAAAUCCUUUAUGGGAGCAAUUAAAAAAAGAAUUAACGGCUUUUGAUCGUUUAGAUAUUGUGUAUAAAAUUAAAUCAAAAUUUGAAGAUACCUUAUCAAGUCAAGGAAAAAUUAGCACUAUUGAAUGUCGAAUUCCUCAUGGUUGUGUUUUUAAGUUUGACUUACUUGAAGAUGAAAUUUGUAGCGAAGUUGAAUUCCAAUUAUACAGUGUUGUUAAUAAUUGGACAGUUAUUAAUAAUAAGAAGCAAGCAUUUCAAUAUUAUUUAACAAAAAAAAAGAAUACGACAUUGUUUGUGAAAGUAGAAAAGUUAUUAUUUGAAAAUGAAACACUUAAUUUUAAGUUUUCAUUUCAAGGUUUAAAAAACACAUUUUUUCAACAUUUUUGUUCAGUUAAUAUUAUAGGUAAUUGCAACUAUGAGUUAAUCUAUAAUGGGUUGUGUGUUGCAACACCUGAACCAAUUUCCAACAAGGGGUUUAGACAAAAUGUAAGAACAACAAAUUCUUUGGAUUGGAGAGAGACAAACAAUAUUUGUUUAGUUGCUUCCAAGUUUAUUGAAAUAUUUACUGUGAAUUGUACGGGUAUACGUGCUGUACUACCUGGUUACCGUUUACGUUAUCAUGCAUCUCUUUUAAAGUGCAAUGUUGAAAAGUUUACUAAUUAUAAUGAUGAAAAUAGACUAACAAUUUUUGUGUCUGAACUCAACCUUGUUAUAAUUGCUCGUGUUGCUACUUCAAUAUAUUGCCUCAAGCUAGAAUCUGAACAGUGUUUAAAUGAUGUCAUAUUAUUUGUUAAUGUUAACAAUCCUCUAAUUGAUACCAAUAAACUAAUUAUUUUGGGAGUUGUAGUUUUACCCUUACAUGAUCGUAAACAUUUAAAAGAAGAGUUAUUUUAUCACUUCUCAGAGGAUUUUGAUUUAGAUAAAAUUUUGUUUCUAUGUAAAGAUGACAUUGAAGAUGAGAAUUUUGAAACUUGGUGGAGAUUAGUUGUAGCUUACUGCAUUAAAAAAGUAAAUGCAAAAAAUAAUAGUGAAGUACUAUUUAAAAAACUCAUCAGUUUAACUAUGAUGUCAAUGUCUAUAGUUGACCAUUGCUAUCCCACAUUAGAAUCAGAUACUCAAAAACAGAUACGAUCAUUGGUUCUUAAUGUUGAACAAAGAAAUGCAAUCAAUGACAAAGCUUUGAAAAAAAUCAUCACUGGAGGAUAUGGUUCAGGUAAAUCUAUAGUAGGAAAAGAGAUUGUUAAAAAAUGUAUUUCUCAUAAGUCACAAAAUCCUUUGACCCUAUUUUAUAUAUGUUGUAACCAUUUCUCUUUGUAUGAAUGCCAUAUGAAAGAGUUUGUUGACAGUUUAGAGAAAUCUUCAAAUAUUAAGGUUGUCUGUGAUAAUUUAUAUGAGUUGUGGAAAAAAAUGUGCAAAAACAAAAGCACUUCAAGCAAUUACAUUUCAAUACCAAAAUUGCUAGAGUAUUUAGCGAGCACCAACGGUAACAAAGUAUGUUUUGUACUUGAAGAACUUUCUGAAGAGUAUGUUAAAGAAGAAGAUGCAGCUCAACUUAAACAUUUGUUUGCAUCUAUAUUAAAAGAUUCUUUAGUCGUUUUUAUUCCUGAGAGUAUUUCAAAGAAUCGAAAAAUGAUAGCAAAUAAGCAAAAACGUACAAUACAAAGAAAUUACUUUCAAGAAAAAAUAAUAGGAAUGAAGGUCAUAUCUCUAAAUAAAUCAAUGAGAGUUACGGAAUGCAAUAAACUAUUAAUAGAUAUUACUCAAAAAACUAUUUGUGAAACAAAAAGUGUUUUAAACAUUCUAAACACUAACUUUAAAAUAUUGGAAGAAGGUAAAGGAAAUAAUUUGUUUAGAGUUGAAGAUAAGCAGAUUGAGGAAGGGAAAGAUUUUCAAAGUUUGCAUAUGUCGACAUAUGAUUCUAGAAAUAAUUCUAAAAAUGUAACACCUAAUUUUAUAGAAAACUAUGUAAAAGAUAAGGAAAAAAUAGAUGGCACACCACAUUAUGACUUAAUUGACACCAUUAAGGUAAAUAAAGAUAAUAAUUAUGCAUCUGUAAUAGAUAAAAAAGAUUUUGAAUCAAAUAUUACUAAUGAUGAAACUGUUAAUAAAUUUAAAGACUCAACAGAUUCAAAAAUUACUAACAAAACUGUUGAAAAUACUAACAAAAUUGUUACUAGCAAAACUGUUGAAAACUUUACAGACUAUAAAUCAGAUCAGUCUCCAGAGAAAUUAGAAAACAAGAUUAUUGAUACAAUUGUUAAUGAUUUUCAUGACAAUGAUUUAGAUUACAUGGCAAAGCUAAUAACAAAAAGUAUUAGUAAUAUUGAUCCAAAAUGUCAUAUGGAGACUGAAUAUGUUUUCAAAUCUGGUAAAAUAGGCCACUCAAUUAAAGGAGAAAAACCCAAGGUUGUGUAUUUACCUUUUCAUGAUAUAACAGACAAGCAAUCUGUUAAAUUGUUAUCCAUUGUAUUAGAAAAAAUUUGUUUUAAUGUAUUAAGAAAAACUGUGGUUAUAUGCAACAAUAUCGAAGAAGUGCAAUCUGUUGCAUAUGCAAUAGAUACAAUUAAAAAUUUUAAAGCAGUAACAUAUUCACCACAUAUGCAGAAAUACUCUCCAACAUUAGAGGCAAAAUUUAAAAUUCAUAAUAAUUUAAGAAGUGAACUGGACAUUCUUGUAACUGACUGCAAAGGGUUUUCAGGAGCGGAAUCUGAAUCUGUAAUUGUGUUUGUAAGUCCAGAAGAGAUUUUUCUUCGUCAUGUUCUUGUGGAUGCUAUUUCUAGAUCAAACUCAUAUUUAACUGUCUUUGUUAAGAGAUACAGAUGUAUCAAAAAGCUUUUAAAUAGCGACAAAACUAUCGGAAAUGUAUUAAAAUUUUGGUCAGAAGAGGUAGUUGAAAAAAUUACUGUUGUAACAUCUAAUAAAAAAAAUCAAAAAUCAAAAGAUGGUUUCUUCAUAGUAGAAGAGAAUUGCAAGGUGUUUAUUGAUCGUGGAUCUACUAUUGAUUUUGAAAAAUACAAGAGAAGUUUACAGUUUCAAGUCUUUCAUGAAAAUAACUUUAUGUAA